AUGGAAAACCAAAAACAUCAAAUAUUUCAAACAUCCGAAGAAGAUGAUUGUUUUAAUGACAAAGAAAUUAUGGAACGUUUAAAAGAAAAUUAUAGUGAAGAUGACGAUGACGAUGAAGGUGAAGGUGAUUUUGAUGAAAACGAAACUUGUGAAGACCAAGACGAAAAAGAAAAAAUUGAACAAAAAGAAAAUGAAGAUAACACCAAUGAAACUGACUCAGUUAUAUUAAAUCAGUGUAAUGACGAUUUUUUACAAAACGAAGAAAAAGAAAUAAAAGAGAGUGUAAUACAAGUUGCUCAGGAUAAACAACACGCGAAAUCUUAUAUUGAAAAAAUCCAUAAGAAAAAUUCUUUUUCUGAUGGAACUUUGGUUGAUGGAGGUGUUCAAGGCUCUUUACUGGAACCCACAAAUGACAAUCAAAUUGUGAUUUCUUGUUCGGAUGAAAACGAUUUAGAGAAAAAAAUAAACAAAUAUACACUAUUUAUUAAUCAAGAAGAAAUUACUACAGAACACACAAAAGACAUUUUUUACAGAACAACUGUUGUUCUUGCAGAAAAUGUUAAAAUCUUAGGGAAGAACACAUUUAAAGAUUGGAGUUGUUUAAGCACUUUCAUGCAAAGGGAUGCAUAUCUUAUGUGGGGGUUUUAUUCAAAUCCAGAAAAAGUCGAAGAAAUAUACAUUGGAAAUGGUAUCACCUUUGUGGGGGAAUCUUGUUUCCAGGGUUGUAUAGCAUUGACCAAAUUAGUAAUACCUGCGUCUGUGAAACAAAUUGAAAUGAAUGCAUGGGAAGGAUGCAGUAAUCUAACACAAGUGGAUUUCCAGUCAUCCAACACUAUUGCCACAAAGUGCUUUGGUGAGUGCGAAAAGGUAAAAGCUGUUAGAUUCAAAAUCGAUAACUCGGCAAAUGCAAUGGAUAUUUUUAAAAGAAUUAAUGGAGCAGAUUUAUUCAAAAAAAAGAAUAAUUGA